GCGGCAGUUGAAGUAUCAACAGCCGCGCGGAAUAAUUAUUGUGUGCACGUAGCAGCCGUGCAGCUAUGUUCGUGGUACGUACAUGCAUGCCGCACGCCGAGCGAGAGAAACGCAAGCGCGCGGGGGUGAAAGACGCGCCGGCCGAGUGGUGGUUGCUGUUUGGCUUGGCCGCUACCAGCUACCAGCUCUCACUCCAAGCGUGGAAGGCCACGAGGGCGGCAACCUGCUGUCGACCGCGAGGGUGCAUCCGAGCCAACGACUAUCCUCCCUCCGCGCCGCAAACAAGGUUCUAGGAGGAGACAGAGGCUGCGCUUUGAAUAAUAAUGCUGCCGUGAGAGCGUCACCAAAGAGCCAUCAGCAGGAAUUAUACUCUGAAACGGAGCUCCGCGUGAAAUAAUAAUAAACGAAAGAGACGAACAUGACGUCCGAGGUGCUUCGUGAGCAGAAUGCGCCACUUGUUAGGAAGAACACCUUGCUUUUGGAAGGCGUGCUCGCGGACAGGAAGAUCAGUAGCGUCUCGGCCACCAGCGCCAGCACCAGCGGAUAUUUGUCUUCGGCAGCGUCCUUUACUAGUGACAAAAAGGCUCUUGCCACUGGGACUCAAAAUCAGAUUCAAGAUAAGUGGGUGUCGAGCGCCUCGUCCCCAGACAGAAAAGCCAGCGUGCACUCCAAUAGCCGGUCUGACGACAGGUCCAGAACUUCCAGCAAUUCCUCGCAGAGCAAUGUCAGGCUGCCGCUGUCCAGGGCGCCAGCGUUCGACAACCACCGGCGGGAGUCUCAUGGUGCGUCAGAGGGAUCUGCGGAGAGCUGCGGCAGCGUAGCGGGCCACUACCACCACAAUAAUCCUCAAGUUCCUCGCAAAUUCAUCAAUACGUGGCGGCAGGCGUGCGACAAAACGCGUGAGCGUACAAAGGAUCUGAUAAGAAGGUGGCGCACCCUUCCUGAAGGGAGCCCCACCUUCAUCACUCCUGAGGACGAGGGUCGCAGCAGCUCAGCAUGGAGUCAUUCGCUAGAGUGGAAAACUAUGGAAAUAGUAGCCAGCUUGGGUGAACCGAUGGGUGCCAACUUCCAAGACCAAGAGUGGUGGCGAUGCCGAAAUUACCAGGGGUGCACGCCACCGCCCCUAGUGCCCCUGUCCCCAGAGCAGCGGGUCAAACUGGCGCAACUUUUCAGCGCGCUCCUGGACACGGAUAGCGAUGGUUUGGUCUCGGCUGACGAUUUCCGCUCGUUAAUAGAGAGGCUGCGAGGGUUCGCUGGUUGGAAGGAGCACGGGCCUCAGGCUUGCAUGCUGCGAGAAGUGGUCACAGGGCUGCUGGAGGCGUUCAUGCUGUCGCUGCACACCCCUGACCUCGACAGCGGGAGUCCUGAAACUGAAUUCAGAAGUGCCAUGAGUUAUGGCUUGUUCCUGGGACUGGAUGAUUGGCUGAACGAGUGGAGCAGCAUUUUACGCGGUGUGAAAGCCAUCCACGAACUGCCAUUGUGGCUGCAGUAUUUUCCUGGGGUUCUUUUUUCAGCUAUUAACAGAAGUGCCAGUGGCGUGAUUUCUAAAGAUGAGCUUCGACAUUUUUACACAAGUUUCCUCGCAUUUGACUCAAGAAAAGUGGACGAAGCUUUAGGACACGCUUAUAAAGCAAUGACUGGAGGUGGGGACCACAAAUUAACCUUUGAUACAUAUCAACUCGUCUUCGCGAACUUUCUCAUCGGGAAACACCCAAAUGGACCAGGCCAAUUUGUUUUUGGACCAUUUGGAGAUUCUGGUAAAGCAAACGACGAUGUAAUUUUCCCAGUGGAUUACAGUGCUAUGAACAGUUUGCCAGAGGACAUGGAAGAGUAUAGUCCAGGCAGGAAAAGCAACCGAAGAUCAGUAGUUGUGUAAUUUGAAACUAUCGCUGUUCACUUAAUUAAUUCUAAAUUGUGAAAUUUACCUUGGAUCAAUUAAGAUUAAGAAGGAUGCCAUUUAAGAACUACAAGAAAUCAGAUUACUAAAUCUUUGAACUAGUCAAGCUACAUUCAUUGCAAAUUGUUCAUGCACACUUAAUAUAAUAUACAUAUUAAAUACAAUAGCAAGACGUAUAA